AUGGCUGGUCUGGCGUCCGACCAGACUCCCACCCGGAUGAAGGAGGAGAUUGUCCUGCUGGCCUGGUUGAUUGUGCUGCUGCGCACGAGAGAAGACGGGCAGGUCGAGUUCGAGUGGGCGUAUGACGACCAGCAGCCGACCAAGUGCGUGUCGACCGAGGUGUUGGCUGGCUUGCAGAGCAGCGUGGGGGAGGCGGCGGAUGCUAUCGCGCGGCAUGUCGCCGCCGCUGCGAGCCGGCCUGUCUCUGCCUCGUCCAUCGUGCUCAGCACCGGGUCGUUGUCGCAAUCGCCUGGUGAGGGUCAAGAUGAGGGCACCAUCCACCUCACCCUCACCUACACCCCGAUCACCAACACCCUCACCAUCCACCCGACCUGGACCACCCCCAACACCCUCCCCUACACCAUCACCCGCCAUAUCACCCGGCUCCACGACACACUCACUCUCCUCCUCUCCCCGGACAUCAACACCACCACCACCACCAUCCAAUCCACCCUCCGUCCCACGCCCACCGACCUCUCCGACCUCUGGACCUGGAACCACGUCCUCCCACCCACCUACGACUUCUGCACAAACACCCUCAUCACCGAACGCGCGCACAGCCUGCGCGACAAGCCCGCCAUCGACUCCUGGGACGGGACCCUUACCUAUUCCCAGAUCGAACGGUACUCCACGCACGUGGCCCUCGCCCUGAAGGACCUGGGGCUGCAACAAGGCGACUUCGUGCCGAUCUGCUUCGAGAAGUCCCGAUGGACGAUCGUCGCGGUGCUCGCUGUGAUGAAAGCGGGCGGCACGUUCGCGCUGAUGGAUCCGACGCUGCCGCUAGCGAGAUUGCAGAACAUGGCCGUGCAGGUUUCUGCGCAGGUGAUGAUCUCGUCGCGGGGCCAGGCGGAGCUCUCGCGGGAUAUUCUUCCGGAGGGGAAGUUCUUCGUCGUGGAGGAGGAAGCCUUCCCGGAGGGGGCUGUCCCCCGGCUGGAAGAGACGCCGCAGCUGCCGCCGGUGCCCGCGGAUACGCUGAUGUACCUCAUCUUCACGUCCGGCAGCACGGGCACGCCCAAGGGCGUGCAGAUCUCGCACAAAACCUACACCAGCAGCGCGAUCCCCCGCGCCAAGGCGGUCGGGUAUACCGAGGACUCCCGCGUCCUGGACUUUGCGUCGUACGCGUUCGACGUCAGUAUCGACAGCAUGCUACUGACCCUGUCCAACGGCGGCUGUCUGUGCAUCCCGUCCGACGAGGAUCGGCUGAACGAUAUCAACGGGGUGAUUCGGAACAUGCGCGUCAACUACGCGGGCAUCACGCCGUCCGUGGCCCGGAUCCUGGAGCCCGACGUGAUCGCGUCGCUGGCCGGGCUGGGACUGGGCGGGGAGGCUGCGUCCGCGAGGGAUGUCACCCUCUGGGGGAAGGACACGAGGAUCAUCAUCGGGUAUGGCCCAUGCGAAUGCACCAUUGGAUGCACGGUGAACGGGGAUACGGCGACAGGGCGGGAUUACAUCUCGAUUGGCACGGGGAAUGGGGCGGUGAUCUGGAUUGUGGACCCGAGUGACCACGAGAAACUCAUGCCGGUCGGGGCGGUCGGGGAGUUGCUGGUCGAGGGGCCGAUUGUUGGGCAGGGCUAUCUGGGCGAUGCGGACAAGACGGCGGCGGCCUUCAUCGAGGAUCCGGCGUGGUUGAGGCGCGGGGCGGCGGGGUUCGCGGGCCGCAAGGGGAGGCUAUACAAGACGGGCGAUCUGGGCAAGUACGACCCCGAUGGCUCGGCGGGGAUUGUCUUUGCGGGCCGGAAGGAUACGCAGGUGAAGUUGCGCGGGCAGCGCGUCGAGCUGGGCGAGAUCGAGAGUCAGUUGAAGGGGCGAUUGCCGGCCGACGUGACCGUCAUCGCCGAGGUGAUUGUGCCGCAGGGGACUGGCGGCCAGGCGACGCUGAUUGCCUUCGUCGCAUCGCAGUCGGUGAAGGCUGGCGACAUCACCGCCGUCGAGUUCCCCGAGGCGCUGCGCAGGACGCUGGCCGACGCCGACGCCGAGGUCAAGACGGUGUUGCCGCGCUACAUGGUGCCCACGGCCUACAUCCCCGUCAGCCACAUCCCCUUUGGCGCCACCGUCGACUUGAGGCUGCUGGACCAGGACGCCGCCGCCACCACCGCCGACCGCGCCCUGAGUGAUGAGACCCUGAAGCUGCAGCCCGACGCCAUUCGGCCACACGACAACUUCUUCGCGCUCGGCGGUGACUCGCUGGCCGCCAUGAGGCUGGCCUCGGUGUGUCGCGCCCAGGGGCUCGACCUGUCCGUCGCCAACACCUUUGGCCAUCCCACCCUGUCGGCCAUGGCCGGCUGUGUCCGCAUCUGCGAUGUCGACGAGGAGACCGGGGAGGACAGCGCGUGCCGCGAGGCCGCCGAGCUGUAUGGCUUCGAUCAACAGGCCAUCGAGGAUAUCUACCCCUGCACCCCCACCCAGGAGUCCCUCUUCACCUUCUCGCUGAAGUCGGUCAAGGCCUACGUCGCGCAGCGCGUGUCGACCAUCCCGUCCGACGUCGACCUGGACGACUGGAAGAAGGCCUGGGAGGCCGUCGCCGCCGCCAUCCCGAUCCUGCGCACGCGCGUCGCGCAGCUCCAAGAGCCCGGGCUCCAGCAGAUCGUCCUGAAGGAAGGCUACCUCGAAGCGGACCGCGCGGAGAAGAUGAACCUGGGCGAUCGCCUGGCGCGAUAUGCCAUCGUCUCCCAGCCCGACGGCACGCGGUGCAUGGUGUGGACCGUCCACCAUAAGGCCCAGAUGCGCGACUUCGUCCAGUACGAGUUCUGGCGUCGCGAACUGAAGGGCGCCGUCGGGCCGCAAUUCCCUGGCCUGCCUUCGCGAGACUAUCUCCCCAUCCCGGAUGCCCUGAUUGAGCACCAGAUCCCGCUCGACACGGUGUCCGGGUCGCCGUUCACCCUAGCGACGCUGAUCCGCGGUGCCUGGGCUCUGGUCUCGUCGCAGUACACCGGCAACGACGACGUCGUGUUCGGGGAGACGCUGACCGGCCGCGACAUCUCGCUGGCGGGCGUCGACAGCAUCGUCGGCCCCCUGAUCGCCACCGUCCCCGUGCGCAUCCACAUCCACCGUGCCGGCUCCGUCGAGUCCUUCCUGCAGGCCCACAUGGGCAUGCAGCAUAUCCGCAAGGCGCCGACCGGACUCGUGGUCCAGCCCGACCCCGAGUACGUGGGCAGCGAGCUGGGCUUCCAGCUCGGCGACGUCGUGCGCGAGGCGCUGCACUUCAACCCGUACCCUCUGAUGCUGGCCUGCGGCAUCCGCAAGGGCGGCUUGGUGGCCGUGCCGCAGAUGGAGCGCAUCCUGGUGCAGCUGGAGAUGGCUAUCUCCUGUCUUCCGGAGGCCGAGCUGAACCAGAUCUGGCGGUGGAACUCCACCCCCCCGCUGUCGGUGCAUCAGAACCGACUCCGCGCCGACGAGGGCAUCAAGCAGGGCCAGUCCUACCCCCCCGUGGUCGUGCCGUGGGUGUGUGACCCGCGCAACCCGGUACUGCUGUCGCCCAUCGGCUGCGUGGGUGAGCUCUGGCUGGAGGGGGGUCUGGCUGGCGACACGGUGGAGUCGCCUGUGUGGCUGCUGGCAGGCAGUUCGUCCUGUGCUGGCCGGACAGGCCGCGUGCAGGCGACGGGGGAUCUGGUGCAGCUGACGGAGGACAACAGUCUGGUGUUUGUAGGCCGCAAGGAGAACGUCGUGUCUGUGCAGGGCCACCCCGUCAACAUCGCCGACAUCGAGGCCCAGUUCGCGAAGCAUCUGCCGUCGAACAUCCGCGCGUCUGCAGCCGUGUCCCACACGGAGGAUCCCCAGCUGCUGGUCUUCAUCGAACAGCCGGUCUCUGACGGAAACGACAUCGCGCUGAUCCCGUCCCCACACGAGAUCCUCUGCGCGGGCUCGCAACCCUUCGAGGCCACCAUCUGCGCCACCAUCCCCGUCACCCUCGCCGUGGCCCUACGCAAGCUGGACAAGUUCAUCACCGACAGCCUCCCAUCGUACAUGGCCCCGUCGGCCUAUGUCAUCAUCGACCGCCUGCUCAGCCACGCGCUCCUCACCCAGCUCGCCACGGCCAUCCCAAUGUCCAUCCUCUCCCAGCUCCGCGACGGCUUCAAGUCAGCCUGCACGGCCAGCUCCGUACAGACAACCCUAACCCCCAACGAGAAGAUCCUCCAGAUGGCAUGGGCCAAGGUCCUCCGCCUGACGCCUGAGCAAAUCGACGUCGACGACAACUUCUUCCGCCUCGGCGGCGACUCCGUGCUCGCGAUGAAACUGGUUUCCAGCCUACGAAGCCAAGGGCACAGCCUCUCGGUAGCAGACAUCUUCCAGCGGAUGCGUCUCGGCGACGCAGCCACGGCACUCAAGACCCUGCGAUCUGUCCCGACGAUCCAGCCCUACAAGACAUUCUCGACUCUCGGCCCCGUUGAUCUACCCACCUUCCUGGACACCGUGCGUCCUCAACUCGCUGAUCCGGCCUGGACAAUCACCGACGUUCUCCCGGUCACCGACUCGCAGGCCCUGGAUAUCCGCGCCACUGUCACCCCGCCACGGACCUCGAUCCAAUACACAAUGCUCCAUCUGAAGUCCAUCGACCGGGAACGUCUCCUUCGUGCCUGCCAUGACCUCGUCAAGAGACACGAGAUCCUCCGUACGGUAUUCAUCGCCCACGGGACCUCCUUCCUACAAGUCGUCCUCGACAACCCCAUCGCCUCGAUCACCACCCACCAGACCACGUCAAACCUGAGCGAGUCCGUCCGCACCCUCUGCACGGCAGACAGUGACUCCCCCUUCCCACUCGGCUCCUCCUUUGUCCGCAUCUUCCUCGUCGAGGACACUGACUCGGGAGAAUCCUGUCUCGUUCUGGGUCUCUCCCACGCCCUUUACGACGGCGUGUCUCUCCCGGCCCUUCUGACCGACCUUAACACCCUCUAUUCGUCCACUGGAUCUGGCUCUGGCAGUGACAGUGGCACUCUGGGCCCGGCGAAGCCCUUCAGCGCGUACAUCUCACACACGCUCUCCCCGCAGACCCAGACCCCGGCAAAGGCAUACUGGCGGGACCUCCUAACGGGCUCCGCGCUCACCCCAUCCCCAUCCGGUACCGAACCCACCAUGCUACCGAAAAAGGCCAUCUUCAUCAGCGAGCCCACCUCGAUCGCCACCCCCAUCCAAAACUCAAUCACCACAGCCACCCUCCUCACCGCCUCCUGGGCCCUUCUUCUCGCGCGCACCCUGCACCAAACCGAUCUCGUCUUCGGGGCGGUCACGUCGGGCCGCACGCCGCAUCUGCCGUUAUCCGACAUCGAAGAUGUCAACGGGCCAUGCUACGCCCUCACCCCCGUGCGCGUGGCCUUUGAGCCCGGGUGGACUGCACUCGACCUGUUGAAAUACGUCCAGGGCCAGAGCGCCACCUCCUCAUCCUACGACUUCCUCGGCUUCGAGAAGAUUUCUGAGCAAUGCGGCUGGACCACCAGUUCCGUGAGUGAUGGUGACAGUGCACCUGCGUCUGGAUAUUUCGGUUCCAUCGUGCACCACCAGGACUGGGACGACGCGGACAGCAUGUCCUUUGGGGGGAAGGAGUGCGGGGUGGAUCUUCUCACCCCGGCGGGUGAUUCGGCGCAGCCGAUGAAGGUUGUUUCGUUUGUGAAGGCGGGGGUGGUCCAUGUGGGGGUGGUGGGGUGGGAGAAUGAGGGGGAGGAUAAGGGGGAGUUUGUGAGGGGACUCGUGCGGGGUUUGAGCGGCGUGGUGGAGGAGUUGGCUGUGGCUACUGGGGGUGAUGGCUUGUUACGGUUUGAAUGA